AGUCCACGUAAAGCGAGCGCGCGUCUGCUCGUGUCGCGCGCGGAUCAGCCGCAAGUCAGCUGUGAUUCGCAGCCACGCUUCGCGAAAUAAAAUAAAGAAAAAAAAACCGAGAGUGCGUGCAUGCGUGCGUGCGUGCGUAUGCCAAGGAAUUGGCGACGGCACGCGGCGCUUGUUCAUGUCCAGUUCAUGUUUGGCGCGUCAGCGAAGAUGCGUCGCGACGCGAAAGGAUAAAGCGCUUUAUCUCGACGGGUCCUGAUGACGCGAUGCAGCCUGCUGCGAGUGUCGUGAAGCCGUCGUGAUAGCGGAAGGUAGGGUGGAGCUCGCGCAUCACACCUAACGACCAUGGUCGGGAAGUGUUUUAUUUUCUCAAAACCGGAUAUCUCGGAAGACUCGCGAGUGCCUCGCUCCCACUCGUGUUUUCAUACAUUCAAUCUCUUGACCGGCGGAGGAUCAUAAUGCUAGAGCCGGUUCUGGGAACGUUGUCGAUCUGGUGGUUGGUGGUGUACGCCAACAUUCUACUGCUACUGUCGCCCUUGGUGCUGCUGAUGGUCGUCUUCCUCCCAAAUUUCCCGAUUCUGCUGCUGCGGAGAAUCUGUUACAUACCGAUCGAGUCGAUCUGACCGAGAUCGAUCGACAUAUCACGUUUACGAUACGAUAUACUUUUUAUAUUAUCGCUUACAGUAAUACUGUCGAGAAUAUAAUCAAAUUAAGUAAUAUAAACAAUUCGAGCCGUUUAGAUUUAAGUCGUUCGUAGCGUCAUUUUUAAGCGCGAAGAAUGUAUAUGUGCUGAUUAUUAUGGCUAAAAAUAUUCAUGAUAUGCAUGUUACGGUAUUGCUGAUAUGAAUCAAGUUCCUUUGCUUAUGAUCGCGGAUUCGACGUCGAAAUCAGAUGUAAAAAUACCUUGUUAUUGUAUAUUGUAGUGCGUUCGUUAAGCUGCGAGUAAUGCGAAGUGCGUCACCGCUAUGCGCUGGACCAGUGACCCUGUUACUUCCACGUGUGUAUGUUGAUUCUCAAAUGUAUCGAUUUACCGAACUAUAAUACGAUGUCGCUGAAUUCGAAUGAGAGACGCUUUUUUCUGCCCCACCUGUCGAACACGCGCGCGUGGAAUUCUGAAUUCUCUUAUUGCGCGAUUUACGCAAAAAUUCUUUCGCAAUCGCCGGCGUUUUGUCUCCCAUUCGCCUUUCGCAUACGUAAAUACGUAACGGAAUAUAUUCAUUAUACAUAAACGAGAGAAAUAACAAUUGCGGAAUUUUAUUCGAGGAUACACACACACAUACACAUUAGUAUUCGAUCGAAAAUGUUUUAAGCAGAAUUAAAUUUCGUUAGCGUAAACAGUAUUGUAUAAAGCUACAAUGCAAUAAAAAUUAGCAUUACACGCUGUGCCGGGAGAGAGAGACAAUACGCAAUAAUUUUCGCAAACAUUUUUAAAUAUCAAUUUAUAUUAUAUAUCUUGCGCUGUGUGUGCGUAUAUUUUACCUUACAUCAAAGCCAAGUGCGCAUAGCAAUUAAAUAUCCGUAGUUGGAAAGUGAAUUCAAAAAACGAAAUAUCAAGGCGAACCACUCUGCUUUCCUGGCGAGAUUGAUGCAUUUUAUUAUCGGAUUAUUUAUGGAUUUAUAAGUGACAGAGUGCGCGAAUGUCAGCUGGAAAGGCUGAUGAUUAAUAUGUGUCACCUUGUUCUCCGGUCGAACGCUUCGUCGCUAGGAUAACAGCUCGGAUCCGCGUGUUAGGAAUGAUUGACAAUUAUCCAUAUAUAGGAUAAGAUAUAAGGCUCUUAUUUUUUUGCUUGCACAUGCUCAAAUUUGAUCGAUAAUGAUUGAUUGAUAAAUUUCAUAUUAUUUGACAUUAUGUAAAUUUCGUACCGACAUAUGUAAUACCGUUAUAAUCUGUCACACUACAAUUUUUAAAAUUUUACUCGUGCGAUAUGUAAUGUAUAUGAAAAAAUUAGGCUUUAUUCUUCCUAUAAUUUUUAGCGUACGAUACAUUCGAGAUCAAAAGUAUUAACGCAUAAGACACACAUAAUUACGGCUAUAAUUAUGGCUUAUUGACAAUAUUAUAUAAGAAUAGUAUGUCUAUUAUUCAAGUAUCGAAUCAUCUGCGCGUGUCUACAUAACUUUAAAAGUGACACGCGAUUUUCCUGGACGUACUUAUCUUUGUAAAGAAAUCAUUCGUGAUGGUUCAAUGCACUCGAUGCACCGUCGAAGGAGACGCGUUGCAAAUCGCUGUCCUUCUACAGUUCUACCGGUGAUAUAGGCUGGUCUCCGAAGUUGGAUAUUAUAGUACUGAUCGGAGAGUACUUUCGCCGAGAAUCGCCCGUAGUGGGGGAGCCGGGACUUGAACCCUGGAACCCCAUGGGCCAUAUAUACUACGGGCUCAUGCAGUGCUCUUGCUACUUGUGGUGUCAGUUUCUCGGAGCUCCCCGCUGUACACAGGGAAACGCGCAGGAGAGAAGCUGAUAACGCGACGCAAGAUGAAGCUGCUGAUCGUGUGCAUGUUCAUGACCAUGGCGGUCGCCGACCCAGGUCUCCUCAGGGUGCCAAAAGUGUACAACGCCGUGAUCACGAGCAAUCAGAAUUUGUCACCGUCGCGGGCGUUUCCGGUGAUACAACCGAUCAUCCAUCGAACUGCCGUCGGUUACGUACCGCCCUUCUAUUAUACUCAAAUAUCGCCUCAUUUCGCCGGACCGGAAGUGCGUUAUCCGUCGCUCGGUACCGCCGACGAUAAGGUCGCCGGGAACGACCAGGCCUCGUCCUCGACAUCCUCGCGUCUGGCCGAGUCGACCAGUUUCGGCGUCGGAAAGGAACGCGACGAAGAUGGCGAGAAAGACGAUCCGAAGAACAGCGAUCCCUCGAAGAACUCCCCGAAGAACCCCCCGAAGAAGGAUGAGCAAGUGCCGUUGAGCUUCUACCCAAACUAUCAGUCUCUUUAUUACGAGCCGUACAUCUACACGUACAACGGCUUUAAUCCGCAUCUUGUGCCCGGCACUUAUUACGUCGAUUACCAGCCUUACGGCUCCCUGGAACCGAUCCCGGCGACUACGCCGAGGAACAUCGAUUCCGGCCAUUUGUUACCGAGCUUCGGCGACGAGAAGAGAGAUCGGACGAGGAACGAUAAAGAGAAAAUACCGAACGUGCCGCCUCCGCCUCUUCCAACAUCCGUGCCGAAGAAAUCUUGAGCCGUAAAGAUGAGAAUAUUCCAAAUUGAAUCGUGAUAAGACGAUAAGAGGGAGAAACCUCGCGAAAUUUAUGAAUAUUAUAUAAACGCGAUUAGCUAUGUCAAUAUUUAGACAAUCAUCAUUUUUCUUCCUUUUUUUAUCUUUUUUUUUUUUUCUAAGAUAAAGAGGUAUUUGUUGUUACGUAUUAAAGAAUAAUUAAUGCGGAAUGUCGCGUUGAAGUAGUUGUGCAAUCAAUUGAUAUUUAGUACAUUAGUCACGCUAUUGAACUUUGACUGCAAUUAAUCUUGAAGUAAUCUCCAAUCUUUUCACAUGACGCACGUUGUCCGAGAGUUGAAGGAUUUUAUCUGUGUUAAUAUUAUUGUUUAUGUUAAUGUUGAAUUAAUAAUAGAAUAAUUAGAGAUUAUUUUUAUAAUAUAUUUACAUAAAUAUCUUUUUUAUAUAAGAGAUAUAGAGUGAGAAAGAGAGAGAGAGAGAAAUUUCGAAUUUUUUGUGAUGUAUUUUACGUACAUGUUUUAGCUUGGUCUUUUUAUUUGUGCUUCGAUUUUUAUUUGUACUCGCUUAUUAUCAUACAGUAAGGCUACAAGAUUAAAUCUUACCGACAUUAUAUACAACUUAUUAAUAUACAUAUUUUUUUUAUAAAAAAUAUAUAAUUUUUUAUAUUAAAGAUUUGUUUCGUACGUAUAUGAUUGGUGUAGAGUGUUAUU